UCGGUACUCAGACUAGUCACAACCGGUAAAAAAUCUCCCUCUUUCUCCCUAUGUCAAAUCCCUCAUUGCAAUGGAAAUUCCAACUCCUGCUGUUGAUUCUAAUGCCAAGCAAAGGAGUUAAGGCUGCGGAAGCGGCGGAAGAGAAGCUCUGCUGCGGGAAGAAGUGUGGAGGACAGGGCAGCAAGAGCUUGUCAAACAGUGGCGGAGGAAGCGGUUUCUCCCCUGUCGACACUGCCGCGGAGAUCGACAUCUGCUUAAUUAGGCAACUUGGGGUUGGGAGGUCACAGCUGAUUAGAGGUAGGGAGAUCAGAAACAGGUCUCCCUUGGGUGCCGCUGGAAAGACAUGGCGGAGGACCGUAAGGAGCUUCAGGGGUAUUCAUGGAGAAGCAUCACAACAGGCACAGGCAUCUUCUUAGUGAUGUUGUCUAAGUAGUGUAGCAGUGUUCUUAGGUCAGCGUAAUGAGGGGAAGUGUUUUUGUAAAUUUUUAGGGAUCUAUUCUGAUCCAUUAUAUUUGCAAAUUGCAAUUUAGCUUCAUUUUGUAAUCUGCAAGAAAUAAAUUAAGGUUGUUGCC